CAGUCGUCCACCAUGGCUACUCCCAGUCAGUCAACGUCGUCUGCCGUUGCAGUUCCAAUUGCUCCAGUAGAGGAUACAACUGCUCCCUCUCCUGCCCCCACGAGCUCCCAGUCAGCAGCCCUCUCCAAGUCACAACACCUCGCCCACCCCCCUCCAUCAUCGGCCGUAAGAACACCGAAUGCCGCCAGCCACGACGAGCGCACAGUGCGCCGCGUUUCACGAAAACUCCAAAAGAAACGCCAUGACGACGAACACACUCCCACCAUGGAGCUCCCCGAAUCACUGAAACAACAAGGCGACCAUGCUGAUAGCGAUGAGGAAGUACUGCGGCCCCAGGGCUAUGGCGGCGGCAUGUUUAUGAACAUGAACCAGAGCAUAUUCGGUCUGAUAGCAGCAGCCGGUAGCCAGGCCGACUUUGGCGAUCGCUUCGAAGGCCAGAGCUCGGACGAAGACGAUAACGACGUCGAAAGGGAAAAUCCGAUGGCCAUGACCAUUGCUGGGCACAAAGCCUUGCACCACAAGCCCUCCAAAAGCUUGAGCAGCCAUCUUGCUCAGUCGACAGUGUUGAGGAAACAUGGCGCCACCUCGAACAAGGUUGAAAGCAAGCAUCGUAGAAAGAUAUCCGAGAGCCGUUUAUUGCGCUCUGUGCCUGGUCUUUCCAAGUUGACUUCCAGGGCCAAGUCAAGCCUAAAGCCGCCGAAAACACAGGACGCAGAAACCGAAAAGCCGGGCGAGAUGGACGACAAAGCCGAAGAAGCUUCUGCUUCUCAACCAGCUUCUGAGGUCACGCCUACGAUCGAAAUCACCAGGACCGAAAGUCGACAGACAGCACCGGUUAUGAGCCGGAUGCUGGAGGCGCGCGCGCAAAUGGCUGCACGACCAAGCUUUGAUCUGGAGAGGCCCUCGGGUGAACAAGCACACAGGCCAGAAGCUGGCGAAACAGGACCAACAGAACUGGCCAAGAGGCUCCAGGAGAUCUUCCAGUUUGAUACCCCAGAAGAAGUCAUCAAUGGUGGAAACCAUGCAGAAUUUCCAUGCUGGCUCCUUCAAAAUGUAUUACUCCAAGGAUACAUGUAUAUCACGGCCGGCCACGUUGCCUUUUACGCAUACCUGCCCAAGAAAGCCAAUGAGGUGACAAAGUCUGGGUAUCUUGCCAAGUGUGGCAAGCACAACCCCAAGUACAACCGCUACUUCUUCAGGCUCAAGGGAGAUGUCCUGUCGUAUUAUAGAGACACCCAAAACCUAUACUUUCCCAGCGGCCAAGUCGAUCUCAGAUACGGCAUAUCCGCAGAGAUCACCGACAAGGACAAGGAAGGUGUCAACUUCACCAUUGUGACCCACAAGAGAACCUACUACUUUAGAGCCGACAGCUCGUCUAGUGCCAAGGAAUGGGUCAAGAGCCUGCGCAAGGUGAUCUUCAAAUCACACAACGAUGGCGACAGCGUCAAGAUCUCGUUGCCCAUCGCCAACAUUCUUGAUAUACGAGUCAUUGACAACGAUGAGACAUACGCCAUUGACGAGUAUUUCUUCUCCUUCUUCAGCUUUAGCGAAGAAGCCAUUGACGUUCUCAAGACGCUCGUGGAGGGUUCUUCCUUGCAAACGCCAGGACAGAAUGAGCUCGAUGAACCUGCCUCUGAGGCACAGUCGAAGCGAACCAGCACGAGCGGCAGUCGUGAGCAAGUGCUCAAAUCACUCAAUACCCGUGGAGGCAAAAUUACCCAGAGCAUCAAAACCACGCUGUCGCCCAUCUCGCCAGGACAACGUUCACCGAGCCCGCGCCCAUGUCUCGACGGGCCCCGCACUAGUUUUGAUGGGUUUCGGCCUUUCAGCAGGCGAAGUGUUGAUGUCAGCCGCGACGAUAUCCGCGGAAAGUCCCCACGUCGCAGCUUUAGCGAACGCCGGACUUCCUUCCACAGGCGCCAUUUGUCUGAGAGCGGGACUGAUCACGAUAUGGAGAGACAAGAAGGCAGUGAUUCUUAUGUCCAAAGCAUGGAGGACCCCAGCCAAGCGAGCAUGUCUGGACUGAUCGUCUCCGGAAGCAGCGAAGCCCCUUCGGCAAGCCAGAUCCUUAGAGGGAGUGAGGUCUUUCACAACCCAGCCAUCCACAGGUCGGCCUCAGCACCCCGCGCGCGGAAUGAGCCAGCCGUGCCCGAGGCGCCAGGAACAGUCAAGGCCUCUCGGCCCCCAUCGAUUUCAGCUCAGAAUGGUGAAACGGAGGGAAAUCAGGCCAUGCCAACGCUGCAGAACACUGCCACAGUGGGGACCUUCCCAUUCAAGGGUGCUGGUGCGCUCAUGGGCUAUCUGGAUAGACAGUCCAGGAGGAUGAGCAAUCUCCUCGCGACAGAGUCUAUGGGAUAUGUUGAGAAGGUAUCAGGUAUGUGGAAGGGCGGCAAGAAACACUAUGACGAGCCUGCCGGCUUAAGAACCGAUGAAGAAGAUGCUGAAGACAACCCCGAUGAGCGAGCCACCCAUGAAGCCCGGUUCAGGGAACACUUUGCCCUGCCCAAGACUGAGAAGCUCCAGGCUGCUUACUAUGCGCACAUGAUGCGCGUACUUCCGCUCUACGGCAAGAUCUACAUCGGUAAUCGUCACUUUUGCUUCCGCAGCCUGCUGCCAGGCACCCGCACCAAGCUUGUCCUUCCGCUCAAGGAUAUCGAAAAUGUCGAUAAAGAGAAGGGCUUCCGGUUUGGCUAUGCCGGUUUGGUGGUGGUGAUCCGUGGCCAUGAAGAGCUCUUCUUCGAGUUCAACCGGGCCGAGAUACGUGAUGACUGCACCAUCACGGUUCUGCAGAACCUGGAGGCGACCCGAUAUGUUCGUGAUUCGGGUCUGUUGGACAGUGAGGAUGCAGAAGAUGCGCAGGCUGCUGUGGCGGAGCGGGAUGCACUCCGGGAGGCCCGGAACGAGGAGUUUCCACAUCAUGAGGUCAAGCUGCCCCAUGACGCCCAUUGUGUCUCUGAAGCGCCGACCAUUUUGUUUGAUGAUCCCAAGGCUUCCAUCCUCAACUUUAAGCCCAGCAAGUCCAUGAAGAUCACUUGUCUUACGAUUGGGUCUCGUGGAGAUGUUCAACCCUAUAUUGCCCUUUGCAAGCGACUGAUGAAGGAUGGCCAUCGUCCCAGGAUUUGCACUCACGCUGAGUUCCGAGACUGGAUCGAGAGUCAUGGGAUUGAGUUUCGCCCUGUGGGUGGUGACCCAAGCGAGCUGAUGAGGCUCUGCAUUCAGAACGGCACCUUCACCUGGGCAUUUCUCAAAGAGGCGAACUCGACGAUGCGUGGCUGGCUUGACGACCUUCUUGUCACGGCUUGGGAAGCGUGCAAGGGCAGCGACCUCUUGAUCGAAUCACCCAGUGCCAUGGCUGGCAUUCACAUCGCAGAGGCUCUUGGCAUCCCAUACUUCCGCGCCUUCACGAUGCCGUGGACCCGCACUCGCGCCUACCCCCACGCCUUCAUCAUGCCUGGACAAAAGCUUGGAGGAGCCUACAAUUACGUGACCUACACUCUGUUUGACAAUGUGUUUUGGCAAACCACCGCCAGUCAAAUCAACCGGUGGCGCAACGUCUGGCUUGGGUUGCCAAACACGACACUUGACAAGCUGCAGAUUAACAAGGUCCCGUUCUUGUACAACUUCUCUCCGUUUGUGGUCCCACCGCCCAUUGACUUUAGUGACUGGAUCCGCGUCACCGGGUACUGGUUUCUCGACGAGGGCGACGAGAACAAGUGGCAACCGUCCAAGGAGCUGCUCGACUUCAUCGACAAGGCCCGGGCAGACGGCAAAAAGCUUGUGUACGUUGGCUUUGGGUCUAUUAUAGUGCCUGACCCGGCCAAGAUGACACAAGAGGUGAUUGAUGCUGUGCAGAAGGCGGAUGUCAGAUGCAUUCUGAGCAAAGGCUGGAGUGACCGGUUACCUGGCUCGGGUGAUGAAAAGGUUCCUGGUCCUGAAGAGGCCAAGGUUGAGCCACAGCUGCCGGAGGAGAUCUUCCAGAUCCAGUCAGCACCUCAUGACUGGUUGUUCAAGCAGAUUGAUGCUGCUGCUCACCACGGGGGAAGCGGAACUACGGGUGCCAGUUUGCGGGCUGGCAUUCCCACGAUUAUCAGGCCAUUUUUUGGUGACCAGUUCUUCUUUGGAAGCCGGGUUGAGGACUUGGGAGUGGGAAUCUGUCUCAAGAAGUGGGGGGCGAAUUCUUUUGCAAGGGCGCUGUGGGAGGCUACGCACAGCGAGAGGAUGAUUGUGAAGGCGAGGGAAAAUGGAGUUGACACAGCGGUCCAGUGCAUCUACCGCGACAUGGAAUAUGCCACCAAUCUCAUCCGGUCCAAGAUGGGUAAGAACCAUGCUCGGACAGGUGAGAAUGUCAGCAUGACGGAGGCCAACCUCAACAACGAGGAUGAGGAGGAGAGCUGGACCUUUGUGGGAGACUCGGACACGGUCGAAGACUUGAGUUCCGAGGCUCUCAUGAAGACGGUAGCCGAUCUGAGAGACCUUCAAGCUUAUCAUGGCGACAAUGCCGACAAGACUCAGGGUAAUACAGUGGUAGGGGGCGCGGUGGGCGCUGGAGUGGAGACGGUGAAGGGGAAGGGGGUGAGUUAA